AUGGCUUCCGAAUUCGUGACAAACAUCGCAAGGCAUUUCACCAUAAUCGAGCUCGGUCAAUCACUAUGUGAUGCGGGACGCCGAACGAAGCCAUUUGACGUCAACUCCGGCGAGGGCGCGGUCUACUUGAGCACGAAAAUGCUCGCAGAUGUCCUUGUCGACUGCUUCGCAUCCGAAAACGCUGCUAUCCGUGCAGCUGCAGAGGCCGCGAUGUUCACCGUCCGCGACACGGCGAGGACCAUCUUCGGACAAGCAGAUAAAGCAGCCAAGUUUCCAUUCUUCUAUCACAUGGCUCAAACAUUUUGCCAGAAGUGCCGCGAGGUUGAAUGGUUCACCAAGGCGGGUGCAUCGCUUGGGCUGCAAAUCAUUGUCACCAAGCUUGACCUUGGAUCUAUGUUUCUUUCGCGACGCCAUCUCGAUAUCGUGAAGGCUCUUCUCUUUGUCAUCAAAGAUACGCCACAAGAUGUUCCUGCCAGCACACGGAUUACAGCACAGGAGACUCUCUAUGUCAUCCUCAAGAGAAUCUGUCAGGGCAUUAAUAAGGAGUCUAUCAGCAACGAGAAGAACUAUGCUCAUCAGAUGUCUGUCCUCCUAAGUGUCGAGCUGUCCCACAUGAAUAAGCAUGUAAGAGCAACUGCGCAACGUUCGUUCUCGAUCAUGGCGGAACAAAUCGGUGUUGAGGUGUACGAGUUGAUCGCUCCUGUCAAAGAGCGCCUCUUGGCACCAAUAUUCAAUAAGCCUCUCAGAGCACUGCCGUUCCUGUCUCAGACAGGCUUCAUCGAUGCGAUUACCUACUGCUUGGAGCUGGGUCACGAUCUGGUGCCACUCAAUGAUCAGCUCAACCGACUUACCAUGGAGUCGCUGGCCCUUGCAGAUGCAGAAUCUGAUAUUCUUCAUGCCAAGCCAGAAGAGUUUAGCGCUUCAGAACUCAUUGUCAGCCUUCGAGUCAGGCGCACAAAGCUCAAGUCGCUCGAAGAUCAUCACUGUCUUCUUCAAGCUGCUUUACUCAAAGUCUCAAGAAGUUAUCGAGCUGCCCAUGCCGGCCUGAAAGAAGUCCUGGAGAAAACCAACAAGCUACCAAAAGACCUCCUGCAAAACGGUCUACGGCCCAUUCUCAUGAAUCUCCAAGACCCGAAGAAGUUGACCGUUGCCGGGUUGGAUGGUCUUGCUCGACUGCUUACGUUGCUCACGAAUUACUUUAAGGUCGAGAUAGGGUCUCGUUUGCUCGAGCAUCUGGACGUGAUUGCCGAAGAGUCCCUACUGCAAAAGGUCUCAUUCGGGAUGAUCGAACAGAAUCCACAGAUGAAGAUCGUUGCGGCAAUCGUCAACAUAUUUCAUCUACUUCCGCCCACCGCAACACAAUUCAUGGCCAAAUUGGUCAACAGCGUACUGGACCUUGAGUCGAAACUGAGGCGCACUACCGCCAGCCCUUUUCGACAGCCUCUCGUCCUAUAUCUCAACAAGUAUCCGAAAGACACCUUGACCUUUUUCCAGGGCAAAUUACAAGAGGAGAAGUAUGGUCGCUUUUUUGCCCAGAUUCUUUCGGACACUCAGAGCGAGCCAUUGCGCGAGAUGGUCAUGGCCGAAAUUGAUGCAUUUUCAGCUACCAUCUUCGACGCCGCUGCUGGCGAAGGGGCCGACAUCUGCCUCAUUAGCGGCAUUCUCGCAACAUCGGCGGUCUGUGCCAGCGAAAAGGCCUCAGAGUGGAUUGCAGAUCAACUGCCGUUUGUUAAGAAAUUGCUGGAAGGAGGCCAGACCGUUCAGCGAAAGCUACGACAAGACGAGCUACAACAUAAUCAACGUCUACGUGCCCAACAAGCUGGCGACGCGCUGAAUAACGUUCUCAUCACGUAUUUGUCCGCAAAGCCCACCGACAUCGACUUUGCAAUGGAUGUCUUCACCUGUGAAGCCGAAGGCGAUAUCAAGGCGUCCUUACAGCUGAAUCAGUUCAUCUACAAGAAGUUGAUCAAAAGCGAGUCCACAGAAUUACAACGCAGCUUGAUCGAACGAAGUCUCGACAUAUACACCCAGAAGGCACCCUCGCAGAAGUUGAAGACUUUCCUGCUGCAUAACAUCGUCAACCCGAUUGUUGCGGAAGAUAUCCAACGUGCUCGAAAAGAUAAUGAGUACGAUGGAACUCUGAUGAACAAGGCCAUGUUCGACACGAUGCACGAAAAGCUUUGGAAGACUCCAGGCGAAGUGACAGACGAUAAUUCGCAACCUGGCAUUGAUCAUUCUCGGAUGGAAGUCUUGCAACUGUCGGCUUUCAUGCUCAAAUAUCACAGUGAGGCUGUUUCCGAAUAUCGCAAAGACGUGAUCAAAUUCGCCUGGGCAUACAUACGCCUUGAGGAUGUGAUCAACAAGUACGCGGCGUACGUGCUGAUCUCCUACUUUAUCAGGUUCUACGAAGCUCCCGCCAAACUUGUCCAGCAGAUUUACAUGGUCCUCCUGAGGGCACAUCAAAACGAGGGCAAGGCUCUUGUCACGCAGGCUCUCGAGGUACUUGCGCCGAUUUUGCCAGUCCGCACGCCUAACGCAACGCCGGGAGACAAGCGAACACCACCGUGGGCUCGUCUGCCCAAGAAGGUCCUGAACGAAGAAUCCGGCAAUCUGCAGCAGGUGCAAAGCAUCUUCAAUUUCGUUGUUCGGCAAGCAGAUCUGUUUUAUGAGUAUCGCGAAUUCUUCAUUCCAACGAUGAUACAAAUGCUGCACAAGAUCGCCGCACCUCCUAACCCAUCAAGCGAGAGCAAGAAGCUGGCACUGUCCUUGAUUAAUCUUAUAGCGCAGUGGGAAAAGCGACGGGUCAGUCCCAAGUCACCUGUCCAAUCUUCGGAGUCCCCUGCCAAGAAACGUGACUCGAUCACGCCAGCCGCGUCGACUCCAGAUAGGAAAGACAAACCCGAGUAUCAGAUUCCGAUCGAUCUCAGAACGAUGGUGGUCAAGUACAUGAUCACCUUUGUGACGGCUUUGCAAGAAAGAUUCCCAGUCCCUGCCACGGAGAUGAAGGCACGAGCUCUACAGAAAGCUCAACAAGCUGUGAACUCGACCGAUAUGGUCAAGAAAGCUGUCCAACUCCUCCAAGACCUCGUGUCACCCCAGCUGUGGGCCGAUGUCGACGUUGGACUGUACCCUAAGCUCCUUGAUCCAAUGUUGGCUGGAAGUAAUGCCGACAAGCCAGAUGAGAAACAUCUGACUUGUAUGGUCAAUACACUGCAGGUGAUGCGGAUUCUCUUGGCCACAAAGUCAAACGACUGGAAACUGGCAAAUAUAGAGCUGAUACAGAAGCUUCUCGAGAAACCCCUCAAGUCGGAAGAUCCAGAGAUUCAAGAUUGCAUUCACUGGGUAGCUGAGAGCUCGCAAACGAAGCCUCUUCUUGUACAGGUACUCGAGGCGAUCCCCGAGGUCAAAGCUGACGAUGAAGACGCCAUGGACCUUGACAGUGCAUCAGCCGAGUUUCUGACCAAGUUCUCGAAGACUAUCAUUGGUGAAGGCUUAUCAGCGAUUAAUCCCACUGCGGCAACCAACAAUCUCUGGACUCUGGCCAAAGUGCGACCGUCUGAAGUGGACGAGCAUAUGCCCGGACUGAUGAGAGUGUUUCAAACGAAGCUGGCCAAGGACCACAUCGGUGCUUACAUGAUGCCGACUACCGCUCCGCCGCCAAAUUGGCGCAUAGGUGAGCCGUUGGGCGACGCAUAUGAGUUCUCUUUGGGAGUAGACCUGGUCAAGAAGUCGAUAGACAUCAUGUCAGCACGCAUGGCUACAUUGGGUGAACAGCGACGACCGUAUCUUAGUGUGUUGGCGUCUCUCGUCGAAAAGUCAUACAAUGCUGAGAUCGCCAACAAAAUCCUGGAUGUGGUCGAAAACUGGAUAUUCAAUUCGAGUGAGGCGUGGCCGACGCUUAAAGAAAAGACGGCUGUACUCCACAAAAUGCUCGUCUUCGAGAGAUGGCCCAACCAGAGCUUACUUGAGCGAUUCCUCGAACUGGUCAUCAAAAUCUAUGAGGAUCCCACCGUUACUCGAACGGAGUUGACGGUGCGACUAGAGCAUGCAUUCUUGAUAGGGACGAGGGCAAAGGAUGUGGAGACUCGAACGCGCUUCAUGACCAUAUUCAACCGUGCAUUGUCGGAGACUGCAAACUUCCGCAUAGGCUAUGUUCUCACGCAGCAGAACUGGGAUACAUUGGCCGACUCUUUUUGGCUCAAGCAAGCGUCACAGCUCAUCAUGGGAUCGAUCGACAUGACAAUGCCUGCUCGACUUCACCCCGACGAUAUUACUAUCUGCCCGGUUUCGCAGAUGUUCAGCGCCAAGUUGGUCAACCCGGAACAAAGCCAAGACGAUAUCAUGAUCGAGGAGUCGCUCGAAGAGAUGGUCUCGGCACAGCGAAAAUUCAAUGAGGACAUUCGCGAUGUCAAGGUCCGCGAUCUCCUUGAGCCGUUGACGCAGCUGCAGCACACAGAUGAUCAGCUAGCCUACGAUGUUUGGGUCACAUUGUUCCCUCUUUGCUGGUCUGCGCUCACCAGAGAUGAGCGACUCGAGCUUGAGAAAGGGAUGGUCACACUUCUGACGCGGGAGUACCACCAGCGACAGCUCAAUCAUCGUCCGAACGUGGUCCAGGCUUUGCUCGAGGGCGUAAUUCGUGCUCGACCACGGUUCAAGGUACCACCGCAUGUUCUGAAGUUCCUGAGCCGCACCUACGACGCUUGGUACACCGGGCUCACUGCCCUCGAAGAGUCUACGAUCGAUCCGCUCAUAGACACGGCUCAAGUACGUGAGAGCAAUCUCGAUGCUCUUGUCGAGAUCUACGCUAGCUUGCAGGAAGACGACCUUUUCUAUGGCACAUGGCGUCGGCGCUGCAAGUUCAUGGAGACCAAUUCUGCUCUUUCCUACGAACAGCAUGGAAUGUGGGACAAAGCACAGCAUCUUUGGGAGGCUGCUCAGGUCAAGGCUCGCACUGGCGUGAUGCCGUUUUCUCAGGGCGAGUACUACAUCUGGGAGGAUCAUUGGGUCAUGUGUGCCCAGAAGCUUCAACAGUGGGAUAUCCUAGGAGAGUUCGCCAAACACGAGAACUUCAACGAUCUGCUACUGGAGUCUGCUUGGCGCAACUAUGACGCCUGGAGCGACGAGACCAACCGAGCUCAGCUUGACAACAUGAUAAAGUCUGUUUCAGAUGCACCAACACCUCGGCGGACUUUCUUCCAGGCGUUCAUGGCUCUGCUCAAGUACAACUUGAAGCAGAUCGGUCGCCCAGAAUUUCAGCAUAUUUGCGACGAAGCUACUCAGCUCUCAAUCCGCAAAUGGCACCAGCUGCCCCGCCGCAUCACCAAUGCCCAUAUCCCGAUUCUCCAGAACUUUCAGCAACUCGUCGAGCUACAUGACGGAAGUGUCAUUUGUGACAGUCUCAUGAGCACCAACGAGCGCAACUUGGACAGCAAGUCUCAGGAAGUCAAGCUGCUCCUCCAAGCCUGGAGAGACCGUCUGCCAAAUGUGUGGGACGAUAUCAAUGCCUGGCAAGAUCUUGUCACUUGGCGCCAGCACGUCUUCCAGCUGGUCAACGACACGUAUCUGAAGCUGUUGCCACCCGGAGGAAACCAAGUCGGCAACAAUAGUUAUGCAUUCCGCGGCUAUCAUGAGACCGCGUGGAUCAUCAAUAAGUUCGCGCACGUCGCACGAAAGCAUCAGAUGCCAGAGGUCUGCAUCAAUCAGCUUGGCAAGAUCUACACUCUCCCAAAUAUCGAGAUCCAGGAGGCCUUCCUUAAAUUGAGAGAGCAAGCGAAAUGCCAUUAUCAGAACAAAUCCGAGCUGAAUAACGGUCUGGAUGUGAUCAACAACACCAAUCUCAACUAUUUUGGUGCUCAACAGAAGGCCGAAUUCUACACUCUCAAGGGCAUGUUCUUGGCCAAGUUGCAGCAUGCUGAGGACGCCAACGAGGCCUUUGGGGUUGCGUUAUACUAUGACUUGCGCCUUCCCAAGGCCUGGGCCGAGUGGGGCCAGUAUUCAGACCGCAAAUUCAAGGAGAAUCCUGGUACCAUGGAGGCUGCUUCGAAUGCUGUCAGUUGCUACCUGGAAGCUGCUGGUCUUUACAAGAGCGCCAAAUCUCGCAAAAUGCUCAGUCGAGUCUUGUGGCUGCUUAGUCUGGACGACGAAGAAGGUCAGAUUGCCAAAGCAUUCGAGGACUUCAAAGGCGAUACUCCUGUGUGGUAUUGGACCACGUUCAUCCCGCAACUGCUCGGCAGUCUGGAGCACAAGGAAGCUCGUCUGGCAUCAUCUGUGCUCUCGAAAAUUGCAAAGGUCUUCCCGCAGGCACUGUUCUAUCAUCUUCGAGCUGCCCGUGAGGAUCUUUCCAACAAGCGGAAACAGCAAGAGCAACGAUCGACCCCAGCGAAACAAGCAACUCCUGCCAAGGAGUCUGAUAGCGGCUCUCGACCAGGCACUGCCAACGGUGAUGCUCCCGCCACAACGAACGGCGACGCUGAAGUGAAGCCAAAGGUUGAAGCUAAUGGCGAUACGAAGCCUGAGGCUCCUGUCAAGGAGACGCCAAAGAAACCAUGGGAGCACGCCGGCGAAAUCAUGGACGGUCUCAAGACGGGCUUCCCACUCCUUGCUUUGUCGAUGGAAACCAUGACAGACCAGUUGUCGAAGCACUUCAAGUGUCCACCUGAUGAGGAUGCACAUCGACUGAUUGUGGCUUUGCUAAACGAUGGCCUUAAUUAUGUCAGUCGGUCACCUCAGCACUACGCCGAAGGUGCGAAACUGCCAGCAUCGACCGAAGCAAAUAUCCAAAGAUUCGUGGCAUCGGUUCUUCCUGCGCAUAUCAGAGGUUCCUUCGAAGCUGAAUUCGUCAAGACCCGGCCAACGAUGUACGAGUACAUCCAGAAGCUCACUCGUUGGCGGGACAAGUUUGAGAACAAGCUGGAUCACCGCCAGCAGUGGGCACCUCUCGAGUCUUACAGUCAUCAUCUGUCGGAGUUCAAGUUCCUCAAAUUCGACGACAUGGUAGAAGUGCCGGGACAAUAUCAACAGCACAAGGACAACAACAAGGACUUUGUGCGGAUUGAGCGCUUCAUGCCUACAGUUGAACUGGUUCGCGGCAACAACAUCUGCCAUCGACGCAUUACUCUGCGCGGCCACGAUGGCUCACUACACCCCUUCGCAGUCCAACAUCCCACGGGGGGCAAAGUGCGCCGGGAGGAGCGCAUCGUGCAACUCUUCCGCAUCUUCAAUCAGACUCUUGCCAAACGCAAAGAAGCUCGGCGCCGCAAUUUGUACUUCCACUUGCCAAUCUUUGUCCCGAUAGCACCGCCGAUCAGAUUGGUCCAGGACGACGCGUCUUAUGUCACCCUACAAACCAUCUACGAAGAUUACGUGGCCAAUACCCCGAAUAUGAGCCGCGAUGAACCUAUGCUCUUCCUUCUCGACCAACUCCGCAGUCUCCACGAACAACAACGCGCUAAGACGCUGACUAAUGAGCAGCAGCUCGUUGUUAAGACCGAGAUCUUCAACAAGAUUCAAAGCAAGUGGGCACCGAAUACCAUUGCGCUCAACUACUUCAAGAAGAUCUACCCAUCGUUCGCGGACUUCUGGCUGUUCCGACGGCAAUUUGCCUACCAGUACGCCACGACCGCGUUCAUGACACAUGUAAUGCACAUGACAGGCCGAUAUCCUAUGAAGAUGGCGAUCAGCAGGUCGACAGGCGACGUCUGGGCGGUGGACGCGCUUCCCACGAUGAGCGUUCAGAAGCCACUGUUCUGGAACAAUGAAGCUGUUCCCUUCCGUCUUACUCCCAAUUUGCAAACCCUCAUUGGGCCUUUGGCUGUGGAGGGUAUCUUCACUGCGUCACUCAUGGCUAUCGCACGCUGCCUCGCGGAGCCGGACAAUGGAUACGAGAUGGCACAGAUGCUGAGCGUCUUUGUUCGCGACGAGGUAAUCGCGUGGAUAGCUGGACGGGCUGGAUCGAGUGGUGGACAGGACAAGAUGAAUAGUAUGAUGGAGGGAGGGCAGUUGAGGGAGCUGGUAGGUCAGAAUUGUGAGAUCGUGGUCAAGAAGGCGCUGUUCUUGGGCGUCACGCAGCAUGAUGUGGGCGCUGCUGGCAGUGCUCCCAAUGUCAACGGUGUCAAUGGUAGCAGCGGCAAUGGAGAAGGAAGCAGCAGUGCCACCGCCAGUGCUGCGAACGGCGCGACUGGCGCAACUGGCAGUACACAAGCGGGUGCUGUGCAACCUCCUGCGGCGGCGCUCCUGGUGGCUCCCUUCCAGCGAGUCAGACUGUGGUGGACAUGA